AUGACGCACGCCGAAGAUGCUCAUAAACCUUUGAAUGUUGUUGAGUUUUUCGGAUGCCACAUCGAGGGCAGCACGCUCUACCUGAUAACUGAUUUCUGUGAGACCAACCUACGGUCUUUCUGGGAGAAGAUUUUGCUCGGCCUGAGUUGCCUGCACGCACACGGCAUCCUCCACCGCAACUUGAAGCCGGAAAACAUCCUCAUUCGACCGUCCGUCGGAAGGAAACGGAAUCCCACGUGCGCCGGCGACCGCACGACAAAAACGACACCAAAGGGAGUUCCUGUUCACGGAGAACGUCAGCGUUCGGACACCUCUCGAACGCUCGGAGCACCAGAGAAUGCACCGACGCUUCGUGGAGUGGAGACGUGCAUCGGAGACGAGAACGGUCCCGAGCGCUCGAUUGGAAAGAUCGCGAGACAGACGCGUGGAGGUUCCAUCCCUUCUGCGGAACGAGACGCCAGUGGCGACGAGAUGGACCAGAUUCUUCCGGAUGUUGAGGUUGAAUUGAGUGACUUCGGAUUCAGCAGACUUCUUCAGGAGACCGCGGGCGCCUACACACCAGAAAAUCCGAAAGACAGAGAGCGGUCGUAUCGCGAAAGCAGGCGUCUCUUUUACCGAGCUCCAGAACUCCUGCUCAUGCGCGGAGAAGGCACGGCGGAGUCUGUGCCCGUGUACUCUUUCGGAGUCGACAUUUGGUCUGUCGCGAUCAUCUUCAUGGAGCUGGCGCUUCUUCGGCCUCCCUUUCGAGGCGAAUCCGAGAUGAUCUAUCUAUUGCAAGUCAGCAAAAGGACCAGGAGAACGCUGCCUGCUGUGAAACAAAAUCCGUUUUUUCCCCCACUGGCCCCGGAGGCCUUUCACGCCACCCGGCCUCGACCCAUCGGCCUCGGUGGGUUUGAGGUCCGACUGCCGUCCGAGACAGAUCUUCCUUCUCCGGCACAAGCAACUCAGGCGCAGAGCGCCUCUGCACAGACAGCAACUCAGGCGCGUGGGGCGCGGCUGACAGGGCCCGUCCUUUCAGCUUCUCAUUCCACAGAUUCCAGCAGCAUUGUUGCGGACGCGCGCGGAAUCCAAAGUACGUUCUGCCCCUCCCGCGCUGUUUCUUCCGCUUCCCCGGGCGUAGGUCCACGCGGCCGUCUCGCGGGGGAGUUGACAGCGACGUUGCCGCGUCGGAGAGAAGGACGGAGCGAGCGAGACGGAGAAGACGAAAGAGAGAGGGAGCAGAAGAGAAGAGCCGGGGAGGGAGACAGGGGGGAAGCCUCCCUGGAGGAUCGGGAAGAAGCGGGUGGGCGAGGACACGAAGACAGUGCAGGCGGCAGACAAAGAGGCGAAGACGCGAGCGGUCCCGCUGGCGGGAGAGGACGAACGUUGAGGGGGUCACUAGCGACGCAAGGAGAGAGAAGAGGCGCAAUGCCUUCUUCGACAACUAGCAGCGCAACAGAGCGAAACAGUGGAGACCCUGGCGAGGCUGAGGUGGCGUUCUUCGCGUCCGCGGGCUCGCACCUGGAGCAAGGCGAAAGCGCGCGGCGGUUCCUCGGGCCGUCUGGAAUUGACAGAUGUGACUCCGCCAGGCGACGAGCUUUGGUGGGCCCGGGAGGCGAACACUCGCGCGUGCAGGAAAAUGCUUUUUUCGCCCGCUGGAGUUCACAAGACACAGAAGAGACGACUCUCGAAGGGGCCGAGACCGCCGAAGCCGCGCUUCUGAAAGAGGCAGAAAUGUGGGUUCGCAUGUUGCCACUCUGGCCGCCUGUCGACUGGGACGGGGUCAUCAGCUCCUGUCGCAGAAAGGAGGAAGCAGGACUCGAAUCGAAGGAGAACGAAGAAACCGAAGACGCCGGAGAGGCCCAAGUUGACCAAACACGAGACGGAGAAGUGGUGAACUUUGACCGCGAAGACGAGGAAGGAAACACAGCGGAAGCAGAAGCGGGGCACCAACGGAGAGUCGCUGCCUGCCACAGAGCGCGCGAGGAAAACACACGCGGAGAGGCAAAACCUACCGGCAAUCUGACCGAGGAGCAAGAGAAACUCUGUCCCAACAAGGGGUUUCCGUUCAAUCAGAGAUGCAACAUCCUCCCUCUCGAGCGCCGCUCGCCUGCCGCCUCGAAGAAGGGAUCUCCACCAGAGAAGACCGGGAGUGAACCGCUGCGAGAGAAAGGCGCUCCCGCCACAGACCCUGACUGUUGCCCAAUCGAAGAGCGUCGAGACGGGAAGGUGACACGUCAGAAACCAAGCGAUGGUAAACUUUGGAAACCGACAAGCACGAUCCCCCUUCCUCCCUCAUCCGCGUCUCAGCGAGAGUGCCCCUCGUCAAGUCAGGAAGCGGCGGACGUGCUUCGCCAAUUCGGCCGGGUCAUGGGACCAGACGGUCUAGAGCUCCUGAGGGAGAUGCUGCAACUAAAAGGAAAGGACAGAAUAUCUGCAGCGGCGGCGUAUGCGCGCGUUUGCGCCGUGCUGGAGAAAAACCGACUUCUGCGGUUGAAGCGCAGACGAAGGGAACUCCUACGCAUUCCCGUUUCGGCGCAGACCGCAUCCACGAGCGCCGACGCUCGUCCCGCUACUUCUGUGUCACGAAAAGGAAAGCCGCUGCGGAAGCAUCGAUCCGGAGAUCCAGAGGUAUGUACAUCCGAUUCAACGGGGGACAGCGGCGUUCCGGGGAUUCCCAAGACCGCGUUUUCUCGCCACGCAGAAGCGGCGAGGCGGCGCGAAAACGUCGCGGUGAAAGCGCGGGACGAUCGUCCGCGACUGGAAUGCCUUGCAGCCGCUCCCGACAACAGCUUGUUUCAGUGGAGUUCCGCAAAAUCUCAGGAAUCGUCGCCGCGCUUGGCGAGCACAAAACUGACGUGGGAAAAAAGCUGCUUUCAAAUGCCUUCAAAGACGGCGAACUCGCGGCGCGCAGCUACCCGGCCGUUGGCGGACGAGAUCCAGCACGAGCGAGGGGAAGGCGCCUGUGGCGAGAGAAAAGCGCCGAGGGAAUUCUUUUCCCGAAACCGAGACGAGGCGGAGAAAGAGGAGCGCGAGAGCUCGCCACGGACUGGCGCUGGAGACGAGGAGACGAAGGAGGGCGCCCGAGGCUCCGAGAGAAGAGAGCGGGCGAGCGCAAGAGGAGAGCAGCGACCGGCGAGGAGGACGUCAGAAAGCGAGGAAGUGAUUGAGAAAGAGACAGCCAAACCGAGAGAGGCAGAGCGAUGGGAAGAUAAACACAACGGAGAGGAAAGCGAGCAAGACGCGCGCGUUCAGGAAGGCGAAGACGCCCAGGCAGCGCCGCUAAGCAACGCUUUCCUCCGCGUCUCAGGAGGACUGCCCUUCGCCUCGCUCCUGCGUCGUCUCCACGCACUCGCUUCCUCGGCGCCUGGAAUUCCCGUCGAGGCUUCGAUGCGACGCGUCGCUGCGCAAGUCGCAGAUUGCUUCCUGGGGAGCGCAGCAACCGGACAGAGAAGGCGAGAGAACGCGAGGGAAAGCGAGACGCGCAAGAGUCGCGGUGACAGAGAGACAGAACACACCAGGCCCGACGACGCGAGAGCACGCAUAGAAGAAGCUGUUAUGGAAACCUUGGAAGACCUCCGUCAGAAAUGUGUCGACCUUCUCUUUCGGCUUCAAACUGAGUUUGACCUCAAAGCGUCAACAACCCACUUGGCUGCUGACCUCUUCCAUCGCUUCUUCUGCCUAGACCUGCUUCCGUCGUUUCUUAUCGAACCGUGGGUUCCCGGAGGGGAGUCGCGGGCGCUCGGGGCGUCUCGCGUCGGCGGUUUCUUUCUUCUUUUUGAGGAAACGCUUUUUCUGCGUGGCCUCUCUGGCUUGGUCUGUUCCGCGCGAGCGCCGCGCCCUGCCCGGCCUCGGCCGCGCCUCGUCCUCUGCUGCCACGGCGUGCACCGGAGCCUCCUUGCCGCCGCUGCGUGCGCGAAGAUUGCCGACGUCUACAGCGAGCGCUCUCUCGAGUACUACAAAACAACGAAUGCCCACGACUACGCGGUCAGCGCCAGCACCUGGCUGGUCAGUCGCCUUUUGAAGGAGACUUGUCUCUCCUGUCUCUUGCGAGAGUGCGGGUGGAGCAGAUGCGAACACAGCAGAGGCGCAGAACACCGACCCUCCGACGAAAGGCGAGGAAGCACAGAGGCACGUCUCUGCGCAGAGAGCGACGACAGAGAAGUCCAAGAAGACGACGGAAGAGAACCGGGACUCGAAGGAAGGGAAGAAAGCGAAGAGCUGGAACGGGAACACAGAGAGGAGCGAGAAAACAUCCCGGAGAGAGCACGCCUCGCGAGAGGGACCAGCGAAAGUGCCGAUUCAUCGUUUUCUCCUGUCCCCUCGAUUCAAGGCUCUUCCGACUUCGCGCCUGCGUCUUUCCUACGCUCUUGCCUUUCAGCGUCGAGCACGUCUUCAUCGUCUUGUUCGUCUUCCUCGUCGGUGUUUCCCUCUGAUUCGAGGAUCUCUGCCGCCUCGUCUGCCACGACUCCCUCUUCUGUCUUAACUGCGUCGUCUGCGCUUCCUGUUCCCUCCCCCGGCCUCGCCUGUUCUUCUUCCAGUCGCCUCUCCGGCUGUCCUUCUCGCUGUAUGGAGCCUUGCGCCUGGGAGAAGCGAGCGUCGGCGGCCAGCCUCGUGUCCCUCGAGAAGGAGAUUUUGCAGAAACUCGCGUUUCGUCUGUCGCGCCCCACCGUCUUGUGGUGCACGGCGCUGCUCUGGGACGUGACUGAGCUGUCUGUACACCUGGAGAAGCAGCGCAGACAGCUCGCCUGCCUCGCCGGCCGCGCAUGCACCCCGCCUUUCUACUCACAGACGCGGCGGCUUUGCGGGCGCGACACAACCGGAGAGUUUCCCGAAAGAAACAAACGGCCGCGGCCCGAGGCCGAAACCGCAGCUGAGGAAGAGGAGACACGGCGUCUCCGAGGGGGAGGACGCACGUUCCGACUGGCGCAGGAAAGAGAUUUCGAUGCUCGAAACGGACUCCGACGGGAGGGCCCCUCCCCACCAAUAACGGCGCCGAGUCGGCCGACGCCUUUGCGCGCUGGCGCGGGCGCGUUUUCGGAAAACGCGGAGCGCAAAGCGACCAAGCGAAGAUCAGGACAAGCUGGAGACGUCUCAGAGGAUGUGCACCCCCGCCGCGUCAGAACCUCGGCAGCCCAGAGGACGGGCGAAGACGAGACGGGCGCCUCUUUUCCGGUUGAAAAAAAGCCGGAGGGCGUCUUCUCACGGCCAGCGACGCCCUCGAUGCACGGUUCCCAGGAUCGCGUGAGCUGUGAAAUCCCGACUUCCCUUUCCCAGACGCAUUCCGCCUAUCGCGCGGCCACUGCGGCGACUGCUUCGUUCGCGUCUUCGCCUCCACUGUCGCGUGUCUUGACCAGUGUCUCGGCCUCUGAGCCGCCUCUUGGGGAUGUCUUUUCGCCAACCGAACGCCCCGCUGCCUCUCGGGUCGACUCGGGAGGCUCGGGGGCUUGUCUCGGCGCCCGUCGCUGCGCGCCUGCCGGCUUCGUCUUGCCCUUGCCCUCGCCCCGCACUCUUCAGCAGACCCGCAGGUUCUGUUCUCUCCUCGCCGAUCUGUCGCUUUACGACCUGCGCCUCGUCGGCGCUCAGCCGCUGCUGCUUGCGCAGCUUCUGCAUAUGCGAUCGCUCUUCACUUUUCUGCCGGAACGCUUCUGGAUCGCGGCCGAUCUAGUCGCGCGCGCUCGAGCCCGCGAGUCGCGCAGCCCCCGAGGGAGGGUGCGGCUCCGCGGGGGAGAGCGGAGAGGAGAUGCAGCGGACCAACCAGCCCCAGCGAAAGCAGGCAGCGCCUCGGAGGGGAAGAAGGGAGAUGACGGGAAUCAGUCGCUGCCAACAAAGCCGCCGGCGAAAGCGCCUGACGCCGCGACUCCCGCGCCGUCCCAGGCAGCGGUCUCAGCCUCUCUUUGGCGGUCACCUAGUCGCCACGCAAGCUCAUCUUCGUUUACGCUGAGUCCAGCGUCAUGCCGAAAACGUUCCCGCUUGCCCUGUUCGGCUUCCAUUUCAUCUUCCUCUUCGUAUUUUUCCACUUCUUUUCCCUCUUCAUCUUCUCCCCUUUCUGCUCCUUCAUCUUUCUCUUCUUCUCCCCUUUCCGCUCCAUCCUCUUCCUGUUCUUCUCCCCUUUCUGCUCCUUUCUCUCCCUCGUCUUCUCCGGUUUCUUCUCCCUCUUCCUCUUCUCCCUUGGCUUCUUCCUUUGAUUUUUCUUCGUCUCUGGCGCCCUUAGAGGCGGUGCUAGGGCCGCUUCUUGUGCCGCAACUUCGGCGCCUUCUCUGCGCAGGGUGGCGACAUCCGUGGGACAUCCUGCAGCUCGGCGCGGCUGCUGCCGAGCUGGCCCAGACGACUCGUGCGGCGCAGGAGAUUCGCCGCUCGCCUCUCCUUUUUCCACAGACCGGCGAGGCCUCUGACGGCGCCUCGACGCCGCUCGCGUUCCUGCGCUUCGCUUCGCUUCUGCAUGCAAGGCGCGUGCGCCAGUUCGCGGAGAGAGAAGCGGACAUCCGAGCGCGGAACGGCGAAACAGAGAUGGAAGAGGCAGAGGGAAGACUGAAAGGAAAGGAAGAAGGGAGGGCAGAGGAGGUGAAGCGAGAGAAGGGAAAAGGGCUGACAGGCGGGAACGCGGGAGGAGAGAAGGGAAGGAGGCCAAGCGAGAAACAGAUGAUGGAGAGCUUGAGCAUCUCACCAGAUGCUUCGGAAACUUGGAGCGACUCCCCAAGGACGCACUCCAGCGACGGAGGGAACCUCAGCGAGGCACAAGAGACGGCCGCGGAGGGAGGGGCUAGGUUGCGAGUUGGAGAGACGGCGUGGGCUGCCAAAGGAGACGAAGAAGACAAGACAGACCACCAGAACCUGCGGGCGUGCGCAGUUGAAGAAUCCGCUCUCGAUGCUUUUGAAGGAGAGACAGAGGAGACGAGAGACAUGCCGAGAAGUGAGAACCUCCAACCCGCGCGUCGUGAGACGACCUGGAAACGUCCCGGCGCCUCCCGAUCGCGAGACGGCUGGCGAGCGGCGAGGCGCGAGUCAGGUCAUUCGCGUGAGCGUUCGCGUUCGGUGUCUGACCGUGUGAAAACCGUUGAACAGAACGCCUCAACUGUCCCCAAAGGGCGACCCGAAGGACCGACGUCCCGGAGGCUAGGCAGAUUGCCACCAGCAAGUUUGGGGCUUCUUCUCCCCGACGAUGCGAGUCUCGAGGCGCUUCUAAAGAUGACACGCGAGUGA